AGCUGUCCGCCCGCUCCACGCACCUUCUGCGCACCCACCACGAGAGACAAAUGGGAUUAAAACAUCUUGUCUCAUUAGCCACCGACUCUCAGACGAGCCGGAGUCAGUCACCGGGAGUAAAGUAAUCUCCCCUCUCUCUCUCUGUGUCGUGGAACAUCUACAGUAUCAGAGGAGCAGCAGGUCUCACAUGGCUGCAGGAGGAGCUCGGAGCUGAGGAGACGCGGACUCUGUUUACGCACCGGGGACACAAAGCUGCCGAAGGAACUACACAUUUCACAAGCUCUUCUUUUUCUUUUUUUUCUCUCCCCUUAAAUACAUUAAGUAACACAAAAGCAGCAUUUGGCUGCUGUUGGAUCAGAACAGGAGCUGUGCAGUGACCCGGGAGCGCGUAUCCAUGUUGACCCCAGCAUUAAAGAUAUUCUAGCUGUUUAUAUCGGACAGAGAAGCCCAGCAAGGUGUCAGGAAUGCUCCCUGUCCUCUUGCUAGCUGGGCUGAUUCUGGCUUUGUCCAUCCCUGGCACAACGUCCGAGUCGGCCACUCUCCGAUUCCUGGGCCAGACAGACUUCACUGUGAACGAGAGCAGCACCGCUGUGGUCCGGCUGGUUGUGGAGAGAGUGGGAGACCCGGUCAAUGUUACGGCGCUGGUUCUGCUGGAGGGAACAGACACCGGGGAUUUUGAAGCCGUUAAUGCUGCAGCCUUUCUUCUCUCCACCGAGACGAGGAAGACCAUCUUCAUCGCCGUAAAAGAUGACGACUUGCCUGAAGCCGAUGAGACGUUUACCUUUAACCUUACACUCCAGAGUUCUUCUAAUGGUGUGACAGUGGGGACACCAAACAAGGCAACUAUCACCAUCCUGUCCAAUGACAACGCCUUUGGAAUAAUUGCCUUCAAAUCAACUGAGGAGAUUGUAGUUGAUGAACCCAGAGGAAGGAGCCGUGUUGUGCCUUUGACCCUAAUUAGAGAGAAGGGAACGUAUGGGACCGUGACUGUGAAUUAUGAGAUCUCUGAAGGUCCCAACCCGGCAAUUGAGGAUCUCAGUCCAGACAGAGGGAACAUCACCAUCCCUGUGGGACAAGCUGUCGUGCACUUCAGUCUCCUCAUCCGGGAUGACCAGCUUCCAGAGGAUGAUGAGGUCUUUACUGUCAGACUAACUGAUGUGGCAGGUGGAGCCCUCCUCAGGCCCAACGCCAGCACUGUCCAGCUGAGAAUCCGCCGCAAUGACAGCCCACUGCGGUUCUCUCACUCUAUCAUGGCAGUAACCGAGUCUGCUGGAGUCAUCGUCCUCAAUGUGACCAGAGGACGGCUGACUGAAGAUGGACCACUUGUCGGCUCUGUUGACUCAGAGGUCUCCGUGGACUACAUGGUGUUGAGCGGUGAAGGACUGGGCAGUGCCACGCCAGCUGUGGAUUUCAUCGACCUGCAGCCGGUCAGAACCGUCACGUUCCCUCCGCUCGUCUACCGGACCAGCCUGCUGUUCAACAUCAGAGACGAUGCCGUGCCAGAAAUCGCAGAAUCCUUCCACGUGAUCCUCCUUGAAGACACCAUCAGAGGAGACGCUGUGCUUGUGUCACCUAAUGCUGUGCUCGUGACCAUCGAACCCAACGAUAAGCCUCACGGUGUCCUGUCAAUCAGCAGCAGUGCAGUCAUUCAGCCAAUUACCAUCAAUGAAGACCUGACACACAGAUUUGACGGCAUCGUCAUUGUAAGAAAUGGAGGAAGCUACGGUGCCGUUUCUGCCAACUGGUCCAUCAGCAGAAACUCCAGCGAUCCGUCCCCAGUGUCGGACGACUUGAGUCCUGCGUCGGGCACAGUGAUGUUUGCUGCUGGUCAGGUGAACGCUGUGAUUCCGCUCAACAUUGUGGCAGAUGAUCAACCAGAAGAGGCCGAGGCCUUCCUCCUCAAACUCCUGCCUCACACUGUGACUGGAAAUGCGGAGAUCGACGAACCAACCGAGAUGGUUUUCUACAUCCAAGACAGCGACGAUGUCUACGGGUUGUUUCGCUUCGACCCUGCGAAAGAACAAAGCAUCCAGAGCCAGCCCAAGGGCCGAUUCCUCUCACUGAACUUCCUCCGCGACGGCGGAACUCUGGGUGAUGUGUCGAUGACCCUCACCGCCCUCUAUAUUCCCGCAGGUCCAAUAGACCCAGCACUGGCCCGUGACCAGGUUCUGAAUGUUAGCAGAUCUGUUAAUGUGGUGUUUGGGCUUCAGCGGAUGGUCUCCGUCACACUGCCAAUCAGGAACGAUGCCUUUCUGCAGAAUGGAGCGCAUUUCUUAAUACAGCUGAAAACCCUGGAACUCGUUGAUAUCAACCCCUCAAUUCCCUCAAACAGCCCGAGGUUUGGGGGACCCCUCAACCUGACCUUAACUGUCACACCUGACAUUGCUAACGGGGAAAUUGGUUUUACCAGUGACACCAAAGUGGUGGUUUAUGAACCAGAGGAUAGCAAUACCAGCACGGUGAGCCUCGCUCUGCGACGCGACGGGACAGACGGUCAGGCUGAAGUGUUCUGGAGUCUUCAGUCAGUCGGUGCCAAUCAUCAAGAUGUAACCGCCAACGACCUGCAGCCUUUUAGUGGCUCGCUCGUCUUCCUCUCUGGACAGAGCGAUGCCUCCAUCAACCUCACCGUCAUGGCUGACGACAUCCCAGAAGUGAACGAGACCUUACUGCUCACUCUGGAUAGGGUGGAGACUGCACGCUUUAUAGUAUACUUCGGGACUAAUGUUGAGAAUCAGAUUCUCAAAGCUGGUUUCACCAGCAGAGAAGUUGUUAUCAUGGAGAACGACGAUCCCGGAGGAGUGUUUGAGUUCUCUCCGUUGUCCAGAGGCCCGUGGGUCAUUAAUGAAGGUGAGGUUGUGGAGCUGCAUGUGGUCCGAGCCCAGGGACAGCUUUUGAAACAGCUGGUACGAUAUUCCGUCGUGCCUUCGGGCAACAGUGAAUUCUACGGCGCCACAGGCAUUCUGGAGUUUAAACCCGGAGAGAGGGAGAUAGUGGUGGCACUGGUGGCGAGGCCAGAUGGCGUGCCUGAGCUGGACGAGACUUUUUCUGUGGUUCUCAGUAGCCACAGCACUCCACCCAGUCGCCUAGGCAACCACAGAGAGGUCAACAUCACAGUGCGGAGGAAUGACGACCCCUUUGGGGUCAUUGGGUUCGUCCAGUCGGGACUGACAGUGGCCGUCAACGAGAGCAAAGGGAACAAGACGCACUGGGCUGUUUACCCCGUCAUGAGAAACAGGGGACAUUUCGGUGAAGUGUCUGUUUCGUGGGUCCUGGAGUCGGACCGGUCCGGAGACGUCAGCCCCCUCCAGGGAAGCAUCACCUUUGAGGAGGGCGAGUACCUGAAAAACCUCACCGUCUUCUCAGUACCUGAUGAGAUCCCAGAGGACAUGGAGAAUUUCACCAUCACACUGUUGAAUGCUACAGGUGGAGCAAGACUUGGGAAUGUACUUAGUGCCAACUUACAGAUAAAUGCGAAUGAUGAUCCCAUUUAUUUUUCUGAACCUGUUGUCGUGCGGCUGCAGGAAGGAGGCGUGGCCAACUUCACCGUUCUGAGAGCAGGGCAGGCCGACUUUGUUGCCACGGUGAUGUACCGUGUCGAGUACGGGGAUGCGUCACCAGGCGACCUCACCUUGCUGAGUAAUGACACGUUGCUGGUGUUUGACGUGGGCGAGUGGGUGAAGAACAUCUCUGUGGCAGUGGAGGACGACAACAUACCAGAGACUGAUGAACCUUUUCACGUUCUUCUCUUCAAUGCUACCGGCGAUGCUGUUGUUUACGGCGCACACACGGCUACCGUGGUGAUCGAGGCCAACGAUGAUGCCAAUGGGAUUUUCUCCCUGGAAUCGGCAGAGAAGCCUGUUGACGAGGGCAACACCAACGAUUUUUAUGUCCUGCGUGCAAGGGGCCAUUUCGGAAAUGUGACGGUUUACUGGCAGCUGUUUGCCAAUGACUCGGUGACUCCUCUGGAGGAAAACCAGGAGUUUACCAACACAUCUGGCUUCAUCACCUUCGUGACGGGGGAGGAGACCAAGCCCAUCACCCUGGAGGCCAUUUCCGAUAAGCUUCCAGAGUUCAAUGAGUUCUUCGUCCUCAGGCUGGUGAAUAUCUCAGGUGGUUUCCCUGGAGAAGGCGGACAACUGGCCGAGACUUCCCUGAAUGCCUCGGUUCUCAUCCCUUUCAAUGAUGACCCAUUUGGCGUCUUUGCCAUCGCUGACAGCAACCUGGACCAAGAAGUAGCUGAAGACGUACUCUCAGACGAUGACAUGUCUGACGUCACUUCCUUCACCAUCCUCCGACAGCAGGGUACUUUUGGUGAUGUGCGGGUUGCCUGGGAGAUCGUUUCUGGCCACUUCCCACAGGGCCUUCCUUUGAUGGAUGACCUGCUCCUUCAAGCUUCCUUCCCAGAUGAGGUGGAGCUCAAGCCUCAUGCCAGGAGACACCACUCAGCCACAGACACGUGGUUUUUCUCUGGGCUCCCAGGAUCUUAUGGGACUAUUUCGCCCGAAGAUGGGCCUGCUGCUGUCAGCAACUUCACCUUCUCUGCUUGGCUCGUGCCCAGACCAGACACAGAUGGCUUUGUUGUCUCCAAAGGAACCAGGAAUGGGACCUUUUAUUAUGGAGUGAAGGUCCACACUAAUGAGUCUCAUGUCACGGUCAUGCUGUACUAUACAGUAACAGGAUCUAACAACACGUAUGUGGCCAAGGCCAGUGCUGAGAAGUUCAUAGAGGAGAACACAUGGUCACAAAUCAUCAUAACUGUUGAUGAUGGGAUUAUCGAGUUCUUCUUGGAUGGCAGCCGCAUUCCUGGUGGUUUGAAGAGCAUCAAAGGAGAAGGCAUCAGUGAUGGACCUGCACCAGUGUUUAUUGGAUCAGAUCCUGACGGCGAACAGCGCUACACAGGACUCCUCCAGGAUGUUCGCUUGUACCAGGCUAAGCUGAACCGCAGCCACAUCCACGAGCUUCACACCCAGCCCGCUAAGUCGGACCUGCGAGUCAUCUCCGGUUACCUGCGCUAUCGCCAAGAUGAGCGGCAGAAGUCGUUUGUGGUGGAGGUCAGGGAUGACGAGGAGGAGGAGGGCGAGGAGGUGUUUUAUCUACAGCUGGUGGCAGCGCACGGCAGAGCCCGCAUACCCCUCCCCAGACCUACAGCCAUUCUGCGCGUCAUGAAGAGUGACAAUGCCAACGGGCUCUUUGGAUUCACCGGAGCCUGCAUACCUGAUACCACUGACGAGGGCUCCACCGUCUCCUGUGUGAUCGAGCGUAUGCGAGGAUCUCUGGACCACGUUUACGUCAACUACACUGUUACACAACCCCCUGAUGGUGUGAGCAGAGAGACGGACGCCCAUCAGGAUUUUGUCAACGCCACUGGAGCCGUGCUUUUCACGCCUGGACAGCGUUCUGAGGUGCUGAACCUGUUGGUGUUGAAUGACGACCUCCCGGAGCUGGCGGAGACUUUCCAGAUCACACUGGUGUCGGCAGACUCCGGUGACGGGAAGCCUGGUUCCACUCCCACCAGCGGUGCAAGCAUCGACCCAAAUAACUCCGUUAACACCGUCACUGUUACAGCAAGCGACCAUCCUUAUGGCUUGCUGCAGUUUCAGUCCAGUCUUCCAGGAGAGGGUUUGAUUCCCCCAGCAGUAGAACCCGCUCACGUCACUGUCGCAGAGGAAGUCGGUCAAGUCCGUCUGCCGGUGGUCCGGGCCCAAGGCCUUUUGGGACGGGUCAUGGUUGGAUACAGGACAACCCCGUACACAGCAUCCAGUCCUGAAGACUACGAGGACUCGGAAGGCAUAUUGGAGUUUCUUCCAGGAGAGAGGUUAAAGUUCGUCUCUGUGACCAUCGUAGACAAUCCUGUCCCUGAGCUGGACAAGAUCUUCAGAGUAGAGCUCUACAAUGCCGAAGGAGGAGUGGAUCAGUUUCUUCAUGGUGAAGGAAGUGGUAGUGGGGAGAGUGACUCUGACUUCCUCCUCCCGUCUUUUCUCCAUCAUGCCAGCUUGGGAGUUGCGUCCCGUAUCACGGUGACGAUCGCCGCCUCAGAUGACGCUCAUGGAGUUUUUCAGUUUAGUCCCGAGUCGCUGUCAGUUAACGGGACAGAACCUGAAGAUGGAGGCAGCUCUGUGAUCCUGCAGGUGGACCGUUCCUUUGGUGACCUCUCCAAUGUAACCGUGUACUGGGAGGCCGAUCCCAGCUCGGAGCAGGAGCUCCUCAGCAGGUUCGGGAACAUCACGUUCGGCAUUGGUCAGACGUCGGAGAACAUCGUCAUCGCUGUGGCUCAGGAUGACAUUCCCGAGCUGGACAAGAGCUUCACUGUGUCCUUGGUGAACGUCUCCCAUGGUCGUCUGGGUGUCGAGACGUCUGCUACUCUCACUGUGUUCGCGAGCGACGAUCCUUACGGUGUUUUUGUGUUCGCAAAUGCAACAAGGUCCGUCCGACUUCCUGAAGGUGACUCAACCGUCUCCCUUACCAUCCUCCGAGUACGAGGCCUGAUGGGUCAGGUGCGAGUCACGUAUGCGACACUAAAUGAGGCCGAUCCGGAACCUUACAGUAUCCCCGGUGUGGGCCGAGCCACUGAAGGGCGGGAUUUUGUUCCCCUCCAGGAUUCCGUUGUCUUCUCGGCCAAUCAGAGUGAAGCAAACAUCACCCUCCACGUGUUGGACGACGAGGAUCCAGAGAGGGACGAGGCGGUGUUUGUGAAGUUGAUCAACGUUCAACUCAUCAGUGGAGAGCAGGAGAGACUCAUUCCCAGUUCCCCUUCUCUGGGCCCCAACUCUGACACUGUAGCCCAGGUGACAUUGCAGGCCAGCGACGAUGCGUUUGGAGUCCUCCAACUGUCGGCGUCUGCCGUCAGCGUAGCCGAGGACUACGUCGGGCCCAUAAUAAACGUCACGCGUGUCGGGGGGAUCUUUGCCGACGUCUCUGUCAAGUUCAGAGCUGUGCCUUUAACUGCCAGAGUCAGCGACGACUACAGCGUCGCCUCCAGUGAUGUCGUCCUUCUGGAAGGGGAGUCCAGUAAAUCUGUGCCCGUCUACGUGAUCAAUGACUUGGUUCCUGAGCUCGAGGAGACUUUUCUCAUCCAGCUGAUCAACCAGACCACCGGAGGAGCUCUGCUGGGGGAGCUCACGCGUGCCAUCAUCACCAUACUGCCCUCCGAUGACCCUUUUGGUGCCUUUGUCUUCCAGGCCGUUCCCAUCACCAUAGAGGAACCAGGAUCUAACGCCGUUGAGGUCACGCUGCCAAUAGUGCGCAAUGCUGGGACAAUCGGCACGGUGGUGGUGAAGUGGCAGGCGACCGUCGAUGGUCGACUUGCUGUGGGGGACGUCAGCCCGACAUCAGGAGACGUGACAUUCGCUCCCGGCGAAACCAUGAAGACGCUGCGAGUCGGGGUCUUAGCUGACGACGUACCGGAAAUCACUGAGGUCAUCAAAGUGGAGCUUACUGGGGCCAGUAAUGGCGGAAGCCUUGGAGGGGUUACGUCCGUCGACAUCAUCGUGCCGGCCAAUGACAACCCAUAUGGGACGGUCUACUUUGCUCAGUCUGUUUACCGUGUUCAGGAGCCACUGGAGGGCGUUUAUAAUGCUUAUAUCACUGUUCACAGGAGAGGCGGUGACUUUGGUCGCUUGGAGAUCGUGUACAGCACCUCUGAGACCAACAUCGUUGGCUUGGCUCAGGCCGACGGCCAGAAUCUGUUGAUGUACUAUAAUCUCCCAAGACCAGGCGCUCCGUCCACUACCCCGACCAGGACCGUUAAUGUCACCGGUCAGAUCGAUCCAUUGGCUGCAUGUGCUGCUGCGUGUCUGAGAGAACAAGCCUGCCAGGCCUUCUCUCUCUCCACAGCGGCAGCGCCAUCACCAUCCUGCACUUGGGUUACUUCCGGAGCCGAGGCGCUGACGUCUGAAUCGAAGGUCACGACUUACUUAAAAAAUGCCACCGCCACUGCCGUCCUGUUCAGCGCCCAGGCUGUGGCGGGGAGCGAUUACAACCCGGUGACGGCUCAAAGUGCCUUCAUGGAAGAUGGGUCACAGGUCGCCAACCUCAUGGUCCCAAUCUUGACUGACAAAUUCCCCGAAAUGGAUGAGAGCUUCUCCAUACAGAUCCUGAAGGUAGAGCUGAUAAAUCUGACUUUGGCACAGAAGCACCUGCCCUCCAUCGGCCAGCCUGACAAGGCUUUGGUGACCAUCGCGAUGAAUGGAGAUGCGUUUGGUGUGUUUUUAAUAUACAGCCUCAGCCCCAAUGCCACCGAUGAGGGGCUUUAUCUCGAGGUUCGGGAAGAGCCCGCGGUUGUGGUGCCUCUGGUUAUCGAGAGGAGAGGAGGGAACCUGGGCACCGUCACAGUGGAGUGGAGCUUUGUUGGCGGAGAAGCCACACCGGAUGCUGACUUCACUGGGACUGGAGGCAGUCUGGUCUUUGACGGCGAUCUGAAGAAGACCAUCGAGAUAGUAAUCAGAGAUGAUAUCGAGCCAGAGGACAAUGAGAGUCUCAUGAUCGGACUGGUUAACACCGAGGGAGGAAGUCGAAUCCUGCCCAGCUCCGACACUGUGACCAUAGUGAUACUGGCCAACGAUGAUGUGGCCGGGAUCGUUGGAUUUCACUCGGCCUCGCGUUCUGUCAUCGCCAGAGAGGGUGAGACUCAGUCCUUAUUAGUGUUGAGAUCAGCUCCAGGUCUUGGUAAUGUCACUGUGGACUGGACUGUAACGGGGCCUCUUGUACACCGGACUUUCACCCAAACAUCAGGGACACUGUUCUUUACUGAGAAAGAACUAAAUAACACCAUAGUCUUGCAGCUCCUCGAUGACGCCGCGCCAGAGGACAAAGACGAAUACAAAGUUUCCCUGUCCAACAUUCAAACUUUUGGUGUGGUGGUGACGGGUCACGCGGUGCUGGAUGUUCAGGGCAGUGAGGCGGUUCUUACUGUGGACACGAACGAUGAACCCUACGGCCUGCUGACCAUCGCCCCGUCAUCGCUCAGGGUGACCACAGAGGAACGAGACCGAACGAUAAAUAUCUACGUCAACAGAGAGUUUGGAGCCUCAGGGGCUGUGAAUAUCACCUACGAGGUGAUCAAAGGUUCUCUACAGGACCUGUCGCAGGUCGAGGGUGCUCUCGCUGAUCCAGGUCUAGACUUCAUCUCUGGAACUGGAUCUGUGAUCCUUCACGAUGGACAGACCUCUGUCGCCAUCCCCGUCACCAUACUGGAGGACGACAUUCCUGAGGUGCAGGAGUUCUUCCUGGUCAACAUAACAUCAGCCGUCCUCAUCACGACCCUCGCCACCGUUCCCCAGCUCGACACUCAGGGUUUGGUGGCAGAGGUCAGCAUUGCUGCUAAUGAUGGAAUUAGGGGAGUCGUCGAAUGGACCAACACCAUGUUUGAAGUGAAUGAAACCAUCACGUCACUUACUCUGGUAGCAUACAGAAACAAGGGAGCGCAUGGAAAUGUCUCUCUGUUCUUCUAUGCUCAAAAUCUGGAAGCUCAACUUGGACUGGACUACAAUACAAGUGAAACGAUGCUUCAUUUCGUCCACGGCGAAAGACACAAGUUUGUCGAAGUGCAGAUCAUCGAUGACACGAUUCCAGAGGGAGCUGAGAGAUUCCAGCUCAUCCUGUCUCAACCUUCCCCUGGACUGGAGCUGGGCACCAACACCACAGCGACCGUGAAAAUCCUGGCCAGUGACGAUGGACACGGCGUCAUUUCCUUUAACACGAGCGAGCACCUCUUGCUGAGAGAGCCCACCUCUGUGUUGGGGCUGAGUAAGAGCGUGGCCACCCUGUUCGUGGUUCGAAACCCAGAGGAAGGCACGUUUGGCACUGUGACCGUUCAGUUUACCGUCACUCAUGCCAACGGCAGCCUAGCAGAGGGAGAUCUGAUGCCAGCACAGGGCUUUGUGGUCCUGGAAGACGGAGUCAGGUUUAAGAUGCUGGAGAUCUGGGCGAUCCUGGAUGCCGAGCCUGAAAUGAACGAGACCUUCACCAUCACCCUGUCCAACCCGACGGGAGGAGCGCGGCUCGGUGACCGACUCCAAACUCUUAUCACCAUCCUGGAGAACGUGGCUCCGUCCGGCUUGUUCCGCAUCGGACCGACGGUCAACAGAACGAACGCAGAAGUGGUCGCGGAUGAAGGCGGCAGAACAGUCUUCCUCACGGUGUCUCGCAGUAACGGUCUGGACUCUGCCGUCAGUGUGGAAUGGGAGACUGAAUCCGAUACAGCUGUUGCGUCCGCGGGUCACCUCUCAGUGAUAGGUGUUCACCAGAUCUUCGAGGACAGUCCCACCUCUGCUUGGUGCACCGUUCCCGAAGAACUUUCCUCUCUGGUUUUGAGGCUUGAUAGAAAACCCUUUGUGGGAUCCACACACACCGUGGCCACAUUGUAUCGUUGGCAGGGUGUAUUUGUGCCGUUAGAGUCUUUCAGGAUUGAGGAUCCAAGCUCUUGUGUUGGGUUUGCAGUGAAUGGUUCGACCUACAUCGGUAUCACACACAGUGGUCCUCCCUCCUCACCUGCUGCCAACCUUAGUGUCUUUAAACUGCACAAGGACCUCAAUGUCACAUUGGAACAAACAUUGGGUGUUGAAUAUUUCGAUGUGAAACACUUUUCCACUGAGGGAAGAGAAUAUCUCAUAGUUUCAAGCCAGAUUUUCGCUUGGACUGGGGGCUCAUUCACUCUCCUCCAGGCGCUGGACUUUGAGGAGGACAUUGUCAGUGUGACUCCGUUCACUCGCGCAGCGGCUCUCUACCUGGUGGUUUGCACAGACAGCCCGACUGUCAGUUGUCACCUGCUUCGAUGGACCAGUGGGAGAUUUCAGGACCCAAAGCCUCUCCCUCUCUCUGGCAGAGCCACUCAGGUGGAGACGAUCAACACAGAAGCAGAGAACACUCUCCUGUUGGUGGCUGUUGAAGAUGAAGGUCUCUCUACAUCCUGUGAGGUGUUACAGUGGAGAUCGGAGCAGCCUUCACCACAGCUUUAUCAGUCUAUUCCUCACCCCGGCCUCACCUCUGUUCAUCCCUUCACUUCUCCCUCCGGGAUCACUUAUGCUAUGCUCGCUGGAAGGAACGGCUCGUCUCUGUACACCUGGAGGCCCGACGUGAACCUGUUUGCCGUGAUCCUGACGGCUCCCCCUGCUGGCAGCUUCCUCUCUCUCACGGUUCCGUCGCUCAACAACACCAUCAAGACUCUCUUGGCUUCUGCUGAGGACAACAGCGCCACCGUUUAUGAGCUCACGUCUGUCUCUAAUCAGUCCGAUUUCAUACCCAGUUUUGGGGAGUUGCACUUUGCGCCAGGUGACCGAGAGCUGGAGAUCGCAGUGAACAUCAUCGAUGACGACAUCCCCGAGGUGGAGGAGAUUUUCCACGUCAGCCUGAAGAAUCCGAAAGGCGGGGCCGAGAUCGGAUUCGGUGGUCAGGUGACCAUAAUUGUACCAGCCAACGAUGACGCCCACGGAGUCAUUGGCUUUGCUCAGGAUUCUUUGUCGAUGGAGGUGGAGGAGUUGGAGCAAAAUAACCAGAUUUCUCUCAGUGUGGAGAGGAGACGAGGGACCUUUGGCCGACUGACUGUUCACUGGGCGGCAAGUGGCAGUCUGGCAGAUAUUUACCCCACCUCAGGAGUGGUAACGUUCUCAGAGGAACAGUCGGCGGCCAUCAUCUCACUGGCUGUGAUAGCAGACGACGUCCCAGAGCCGAGGGAGAGCGUCACCAUCUCCCUCAUGGACGUCACCACUGUGGGGCUGCAGGACCUGCGACAGGCUGCGGUCAUCGACCAGCAGAGGGCGCAAGCUCUACUCAUCAUCCUGCCCAAUGGCUCUCCCUAUGGCGUGAUUGGAUGGCAUCUGGACUCCCAGUUUACGCUCGCACAAGAACCGCAGAAGACUCCAGUUAAUGUGACUCUGUCCAUAGUGAGGGAACAGGGUUCUUCAGGUGAUAUAGCGGUCCAUUACCAGACCAGGGAAGCCCUGUACCAGCCCCCGUCAAACCAAGCCACAGCUGGAAAGGACUACAUCGCCAAAGACGACACCGUCGUCAUGAUCGACGGCGCCACAGUGGCCCUCGUCACUGUCACAAUCCUGCCGGAUGACUUCCCCGAGCUGGCGGAGAGUUUCCUGGUGAACAUCACUGGCGUGGAGCUGGUCGCAGGGUCGGCGGGAGCCGGGCAGCCGAGUGUGAAGAGACACGGCAUGGAAGUGGCAGAGGUCACCGUUCAGGAGAACGACGACCCUCGAGGGAUUCUGCAGUUUAAUGUUUCCGAGGAUAUGCUGGCACAUGAGAUCCCUCCACCUGACAACAUCCUCUAUCUGUCUGUGGUGCGACUCGCUGGUACGACCGGGAGACUCGUCGUCUACUGGGAUGCUCAGCCGGUCACUGCCGAUCCCGGCGACUUCACCCCCUCGUCUGGAAACAUCACCUUUCAGGAUGGACAGAACGAAGCCAUCAUUGCCAUCACCAUUUUGGACGAUGCCGAUGUGGAGACUGUGGAAACGUUCAGCGUGAAUUUGCUCCGUGUGAUCGGUGGGGCUCGACUCGGUGAAGUGACCUCUGUGACUGUCAGUAUCCAGGCCAAUGACUCCCCUCUGGGACGGUUUGGAUUCCAGGAAUUGGAGGUUACCGUCAGCGAGCCGGAGUUUGUGGACGACCCCGCUGCCGUGGCAACACUCGCAGUGGAGCGCAGUGCUGGAGGUGAAGGUGCGGUGACGCUGAUGUGGCAGCUGGAAGAUCAGGCCACGGAUGACCUCUCACCUUUCAAUGGAACUCUUGAAUUCACUGAGACCGAGACUCUGAAGACAUUUGUGAUAAGAGCCCUCGCUGACUCGGCCCUGGAAGGAGACGAGCGUUUCACUGUCCGACUGUUUCCCGCUGGGAGCGGUGCCGUCAUUGACCCUUUAAAUGACAUGGUCACCAUCACCAUCACGGCAGACAAGGCUGCGCUCGGGAUUAUUGGAGUUGCAGAGUCGUCCAGGAACGUCGUCAUCGGAGAACCUCAGGGAGAUUACAACGGCAGUGCUGUCGUCAGUCUUGUGCGAGGACCAGGCGUGUUUGGGGAAAUCCAGGUCUACUGGAACAUCACUCCAGCCGUGGCCUCGGAGUUUGAAUCCAUUUCUGGCACCGUGACCAUGAGAGACAGACAGUCUUCUGCCACCAUUAUUCUGAAGGCUCUGGAUGAUGAACUUCCCGAGGAGCGUCGCGAGUACCAGCUGACACUGACCUCUGCUACCUCUGGACUAGAGAUCAGUCCAAUAGCCAGACAUGCCAGCGUCAUUAUGGCGGCCAGCGACCAUCCCUUUGGCCUUUUCUCCCUCGCCCAGCAUCAGCUCAGGGCAACAGAGGAGGAAGGAACGGUGAAUGUGACGGUCACUCGCUCCUCCGGCAGUCUGGGCAGUGUUUGGGUGACGUACGCUUCCUCUGGGGACACAGCGGUCAGUGGAGUGGACUUUGCUCCAGCUUCGGGACGACUCCUCUUCACCCCAGGUCAGACGUCACAGCAGGUCACACUGCGUAUAGAGGACGACAGUGUUCCAGAGGAGCCUGAGAUGUUCUUCUUCAACAUCACUGAAGUGGAGUUGGUCAAUGUCAGUGCUGUGGACUACACAGGGAGCGAGUCAGGCCUGCAGCUGGACCAGCCUCCAGCUUUAGGCAACAUUUCCUCUCUUGCUGUGCUCAUACUUGAGAACGACAACAUAGAGGGAAUCCUGGAGUUCAGGCAGGAUUACGCCUCUGUUACAGUUGAGGAGGACGUGGGCACCGUGUUGGUCCCGGUGGUGAGAAGAGUGGGCACGUAUGGACGCGUCUCGGCUCAGUUCAUUUCCAGAGGCUUGAGUGCAACAUAUGGCCUCGACUACACCCUGAAUGACGGCUCAGUGAUGUUCGUCCAUGGCCAGAAUGUCAGCUUUAUUAAUGUCACCGUCGUAGACGACCUCGACAGUGAAAACGCAGAGAUUUUUGAGGUCCUGCUGGUCGGAGCAACAGGAGGAGCAGUCCUGGGGCCGCAGCGCGUUGCCACGGUAACCAUCGCCAAGAGCGACUCUUUAAGUGGCUUGGUCCGUUUCUUGAACGAGACCCAAAUCACCGUGGUGAACCCCAACUCCACUCUCAAACUCAGUCUUGUCUUGGAGCGAGUGGGAGGCCUAGUGGGCGACGCAGCGGUGGCUUGGAACAUCCGUGGGCCAAACAGCAGAGAGGUUCUUCCUCCAUUCAAUACAGACAUCAGAGAGCCGGUGAACGGGUCCUUCUUCUUUGGGGAUGGAGAGGAAGGUGUACGCGCCAUCGAGCUGCGGAUUCUCCCUCACGGAGAGGUGGAGGUGGAGGAGACGUUUGUUAUUGAGCUCAGCAUUCUGUCUGGAGACAUGGACGUCGAUCCUCAGGCUGGUUCCGUGACGCUGAAGGUAGAAAAGUUUGGUGACCCAAACGGUAUAGUCCGGUUCACUCCGGAUGCUCUUCAAGACCGAGUCUACAAUGAAUCCACAGAAGCAGAGGGUCCAUUCAACGUUUCCCUGUCUAUAACACGUAGAGAGGGACUCAUGGGUAACAUCACGGUGCAUUGGCAGAUACAGAGUGACUCAGACCUCGCAGGAGACUUCCUUGUGUCCUCUGGCUCAGUGGUUAUUCUGGAAGGCCAGCGGGACGGGGAAAUCGUCCUCAGCCUGAUGCCUGAUACAGUUCCAGAGCUGGAGGAACUCUACGUUGUCCUGCUCACAGCUGUGGAGGGUGGUGCCACGCUGGAUGCCAACCCAGACCUCAUCAGAGUCCACAUCAGGGUUCCUGCUAACGAUGACCCUCACGGCGUCAUCUCCCUGGACCCUGAGCAGCAGACUGUAGAGGUCGUCGAGGCCGGGUCAAAUGUCACCAGAUACCUGGUGAUGAAUGUGACACGAUCUGCUGGCCUGUUUGGCAACGUGAGUGUGGGCUAUAAAAUCAGCGGAGGAAUAGAUGAAGUGAUGGACAUUGAGGAGAUACUGGGAGGACAAGCUCAGGGAAGACUGCUCCUGAUGGAAGGACAGACCUUCAGAACUCUCACUGUGCCCAUCAGCAGCCAGGUGUUUUUGUCAGCGGGUGAGAGCUUCACCGCAGAGCUCACAGAUGUUAAACUUGUCAGCCCCGUCCUCGGCCCUGUGCCUCGCCUUCUUCACGAGGCCGGCGUUGCUAUGGUGACUGUGCCAGAAGAAGCUGCCAGCUCAGAGGUCAGCUUUGCCUCAGUGGCUCUGCAGGUUUCAAGCUUAGCAGCGGGGUCGUGUGAGGCAGUCGUGACACGAACGGGGCUGUUUGGAGAAAUCAGAGUCCAGUGGAAAGCUGGCUUUCCCUCGGGACAGACUUUGUCGGGCUUCAGAGACGGAGAUAUCAGCCCGAGCUCAGGCUCGCUGACCCUGGCCCAUGGAGAGAGGACUAAAACUAUAUCUCUUACAGCCAUUGCUGACGCUUUAGAGCCAACGUCGUACGCUCUUCACCUCACAGCUGCCACCUCCAGCGCCGGUGUUGUCAAGCUCAGGUCAGGCUUCACCACAGCAGAGGUGGAGCCGCUGGGGAUCUACCAGUUUGCCCCCGAUUCUCGCCAACUAGUUAUCGCGGAGGACAUCCAGACUAUAACGCUUUAUGUCCAGAGACUCUAUGGUUCUCGUAGCAACACCACCCGCCUCACCUAUGAAACAAUAACGGGCAGUGCGACGGCAGGAGACGACUUUCUUCCAGUGCCGGACGGCCGUUUGUUCUUUGACUCCCCUCGCCAAACCAACGCUUCGUUCCAACUGUCGAUACUCGAUGACUCCCUCUCAGAGCCGGAUGAAUACUUCCACGUCAACCUCACUGAUGUCCAAGUCCUUGAUGCGGACUCGGCGUGGGCAGAGGUCUCUCCUCGCCUUCACGCUCAACAGAGCGUGGCCACUGUCACCAUCUUGGCGAGUGACGUGACUGGGGGAGUUUUGAGUAUCGGACCUGGACUCGUCCAAGUAGCGGAGGACAAAGAUGAGGAGACGGAUCAGGAGCGAAGGGUGGUUCUGAGGGUGCGCAGGUCCGACAGUGUGGACGGGGAUGUGAGGGUGCGGGUCCAAGCGUAUGGAGACGGAAGCACAAAACCUCCUCCAUUCACUCCGGAACCCACUGAGACCCUUGCAAAGGAGCAGGAGGACUUCCGCUUGGUGUCCACUGUCGUGUCCCUGCAGGCUGGCCAGAAUGAGACAGAGGUUGUCCUCCUCAUCCUGGAUGACGCAGAGCCAGAGGGACAGGAAGUGUUCUUCAUCUACCUCAGUGAUCCAGAGGGAGGAGCACAAAUCACAGAUAGUCCAUAUGAAGGCUUUGGGGCUUUUGCCAAGAUCACCAUCCUUGGGAGUGACUUCCAUAACGGUAUAAUAGGAUUUAGUUUGGAUUCUUUGAUGGGCCAAAUACUGGAUGAAGAUUCACGGAACAGAACGGCCGUCCUCUUUCUGCAGAGACAAGAAAACAGAGCGUUUGAGAACGUGCAGGUGUUUUGGAGAGCCACCUUCAGCAGGGCAACUCCGACUCUUGCCAACAACGGAGUGAAUCUAACCACACAGCUGUUGCACACCUCAGGAACUGCACUGUGCAGGAGAGGAGAGAUUAUAUGUGCGUUUACUCUGGAGGUCCUGGAUGAUGAGGAGCCAGAGUCCCAGACGUGGUUCUUGGUGGAGAUUUAUCAGGUGGGGGCUGGAGCCGCCAUUAACACCACCAUCAGCUUCGCCAACGUCACUUUGGCGGAGAGCGACGACCCGCGCGGCGUCGUGUACUUCGCCGUGGGCCACAGACUUCCUGUUGUCACGCUGACGGCCACGAAACUCAGUCUGCAGGUCUUCAGGCAGGCGAGCACCGAUUCAACCAUGUCCGUGCAAUACCGCGUUCUGGAGCUUGACAGAAAAGAUGUGGUGGGUCCUUUUGUAAUCCACCCCGCCAAAGCAGGGGCCGACUUCCCCCAACAGGAAGGUCGGAUAACCUUCGGCGUGGGUGACCGUAACGCGUCCCUGGACGUUUACCUCACGCCUGACCUCGCCUCGUCGCUGCCCACGCCGAAGCGCUUCCAGGUGGAGCUCUACAAUGCCACGGGGGGCGCCAGAGUGCACCCUCAGUUCGGGCUGGCGAAUGUGACGGUGGUGUCGAACGCUGCGAGCGAGGCUGUGUGGGUCGUACUUGACCAGCUGCAUCAGCCGCUCGGCCCAAAUAUUUUGAACCAGGCGCUGCAAGGACUGAUCGGUAAAGUCGGUGAAGCUCUGACGCGUGAGCAGAUGACCGCUGUGCUAGAAGCUCUGGGGAAGGUGCUUGAAGAAGCGGAGAGGACGCCUUUACAGGAACGCAGCCGCAAUUUGACCAGCGAGCUGCUGUGUGCUCUGGCCGAUCCCGGCAGAGUGGACACCCGAGGCCUCAGCUACCUCGCUGACGUGGCCGAGCGAUUUGCUUUCUCCCUCCUCACACGCAGCGAGUGCGAGAUCAGGGGCACCGUCCUGGAAACAUGUCCGCACAUGACCAUCUCGGCCUUCCAGUGGUACCCGAUGCAGAUCAACGGCUACAAAUUCAGGGGCCGCAAUGGUGAUUUCUUCCAGCUUCCAGAUUCGCUGUUGGCCGUACCUGCAGGCUUGACCGCUGACUGUGGAAACCUCAGUCAGAUUCAACUGACCGAGUUUAGAACUGAGCACUGGUUUAUCAGCAGUGAUACAGCCAAUGCUCUAAAUGGGAAGGUAUUUUCUGUCAGCCUUGCGGACAGAAGGUCACGACCCCUAGAAGACGGCAGUGAGGUGGUGUAUCGUAUCCACAGCCCCGGUCAGCAGGUUAAACCCGGACGGUCUGUGUGUCUGCUCUGGAACCAGACGACUGCCAGCUGGUCAUCAGACAGUCCAUACUGCAGGGUUGUGAAAGAGGCUGGGAACUAUGUGGAAUGUGCCUGCUCCCACUUGUCCAUCUACACGGCCUACGCAGAGUUCAUCACACUCGCCUCCUACAAUGAAGCGUUCUAUGCCUCUGGAUUUAUCUGCAUCUCAGGCUUUGCGUUGGCCAUCAUAUCACACGUGCUGUGUUCCCGUUCCCCAAUGUUCACUGCCAAACUGCUCACUCACAUGAUGGUGAGCUGCCUUGGAACCCAGAUCUGUUUCCUGGUGUCAGCUUUCCGGGGUCGGGUGUUUUCGGAGGACAGUUGUGCUGCUCUGGCGCUCUUCGCUCACUAUUUCCACCUCAGUCAGUUCUUCUGGAUGCUCAUACAGGCGGUGAACUUCUGGCAAGUGCUGGUGAUGAAUGACGAGCACACAGAGCGCCGCUACCUGCUCUACUUCCUGCUGGGGUGGGGACUUCCCGCUGUGGUCAUCAUCGUCCUGGUCAUCGUCCUGCUCGGCGGCUUUGGGUGGACGAUACACUCUGUUUACGGACUGGUGCAGGGAGACGUAUGUUUCAUCCCGGACAUCUACGCAGCUCUGUGCACGGCCGUGCUGGUGCCUCUCAUCUGUCUGGUGGCAGUGAUGGUUGUUUUCAUCCACGCCUACCAGGUGACGCAGCAGUGGAAGUCGUAUGACGACAUGUACCGCGGACGCACCAACAGCACAGAGGUGCCGCUGGUCCUCUUCCUGUUCCUGCUCAUCUCUCUGGUCUGGUUGUGGGCAGGACUGCACAUGGGCUACAGGAGCCUGUGGAUGCUCAUUCUCUACGUCAUCUUUAACUGCUUCCUGGGUUUGUACGUGUUUGCGGUUUACUUCAUCAUGCACAACCAGCUGCUAUGGCCGACCAAAGCCAGUUACACCGUGGAGAUGAACGGCCACGACUCUCCUGACUCCACGUACCAGGGAGGAGGACCCACAACUGUAGGGGGCGACAUCAGCAAAUCAACUCAGAAUCUCAUCAGCGCCAUGGAGGAGAUAUCCGCAGACUGGGAGCGGGCGUCUCUGCGGCACAGUGGUCCACACGGUGGCGGCGGUGGCAGCGUGUUCAAACCCAGUCCUGUGAUGGGGACGUACAGCACAGAUGCAGGCUUCAUCAACACCAACCUGGUCACAACAGACGAGGAGUCGCAGGAGUUUGACGACCUUAUAUUUGCCUUAAAAACUGGAACCGGCCUUAAUGUCAGCGAUAACGAGUCCAUUCCUGGAAGCCACGAUGGAGGGAGUGUCACCAGCUCCCAGAUCGUGGAGCUGCGACGGAUUCCAAUCGCAGACACUCAUCUCUGACCUUUUCACCUCACACACACACACAUCCCACACACACAUCCUGAAAGACAAAAAAAACAAUUACUGUCCAGUAUUUUUAUAAUGUAAAAAGCUUUUGCACUAAAAUCCACCCCCCUUUUUUAAUUUUCAUAUAGAUGUUUGAUACUGUAUGUUAUUUUUACUGUACUGUUUUUAUAUAUGUAUGUACAUGUAUGUAUAAUCCUAUACAUAAAUGUUUGACUAAAUUAAUUUUUUUUUAAAGUCCUUGAUGGAGUUGUUUUGUGAAUGUAGAGACUUUAGAUGACGAUAAAACCAGAUGUGCCCCCUUUAGCACAAAUCCUGCUGCUGGAGGAUGGAGAAUGUGUAACAUUGUUAAUAAAUAAUUUGCGAUAUAUUUA